CUUAACCUCCUCCCUUCCUAACACCGCUCUUUCUCACCUUUGACGUUCCCUCCUCUUUCCCAACACCACCAUCAGGUCUUCGGAUGAUAAACCACAUCGAAGAUUUGAUUUCCCCGACGAUAAACCACAAUGGGGACAUGAUUUCUUCCUACGAUGAUCCAAAUUGGUUACAAUCAAGAAGCCUGCUUCCAAAGCUUUUUAGAUGGAGAAAUUUCCAACAAAUCAUAUGUGUGAUAACACAAUCCCUUUCCUGAUAGUUGUGACAAUUGUUUAUGCGAACCAGCGGUUUGAUUAAUGGUCUAAGAAGGAAACAAAAUGCCUUAUAUGGUCGUUGAUUGUCAAUCCUAGUUACCCAUGUUUACACAAAUUCGAAUGGCAAUUCUGUAUAUGUCAACUUAGACUGGAGGCACUAGAAAUUGUUUUCCAAAAGGCAUAUACCCAAUUUGAUUUUAACUCUGUUCUAAUCUUAUUCUUUCCUAAUAAGUUAGGUAAUUUUUC